AAGAUUGCUGCGAGAAGAGUCACAGCAGAACCAAAACAGCAUGGAAGUUGCUAGAUAAUAAGUCAUAGUUGGGACAAUGGAAAAUAAAAUAGUACUAGACUGGGCCUCCACGAUCUAAAGACAUUAGCAACAUAAAUGUGUGUUACACUUAAAGUUUUGUUUGCAAAACGUGGAGACACUUUGAACAUUGACGUGACAGAUAGCCUAGCUCCUGCCUGCUGCGUUACUUGGACUGGGUAGCUAACGUUAGCUGUGUUUUUGUUUGCUGUCAGAAUCAGUCCGAUAGCCAUCGCUAACUUCAAAUACACCCUAGGCGGGUGCAGACUGAGGCUGUCAACCGAUCCGUUGGAAAAUUCAUGUAUUUAACAAGGGAAGACAGGAGGGAUCCACAGGUGGCAUAAGAAUAUCGACAAACAAGGUUUAGGUAGCUGGCGUCGACGCCCCCUGGUGGCCGGUGUGUAUGAGUGCCAGCGGUGGCUGGUGAGCGCUGUGGUACCACAGGGAUGGGGAAUGGAGUCCAAGAACACCAGGCGAUGCCUCUCACACAAGGGGAGGUGCUGCCGGUGCCCUCUGCCAGCCAGGCGGAGACCCUGAAGCCCCAGACACGAUCUGUGGUCAACUCCCUUCUCUCUGGGGCCUUGGCAGGAGCCCUGGCUAAAACCGCAGUCGCCCCGCUCGACAGAACCAAGAUUAUCUUCCAGGUGUCUUCAGCGAGAUUCUCUGCCAAGGAGGCCUACAGGUUGAUCUACCGGACCUACCUGAAGGAUGGUUUCCUGAGCCUUUGGAGGGGCAACUCUGCCACCAUGGUGCGGGUCAUCCCCUACGCUGCCAUCCAGUUCUGUGCCCAUGAGCAGUACAAGAGGCUGCUGGGAGGAUACUACGGCUUCCAGGGAAAGGCCCUGCCACCAGUGCCAAGGUUACUGGCGGGCUCCUUGGCCGGGACCACAGCUGCGAUGCUCACCUACCCCCUGGACAUGGUACGAGCCAGGAUGGCUGUUACACCCAAGGAGAUGUACAGCAACAUUGUUCAUGUGUUUGAGCGGAUCUCGCGUGAGGAGGGUUUGAAGACGCUGUACCGUGGUUUCACCCCCACCAUCCUGGGAGUGAUUCCCUACGCUGGACUCAGCUUCUACACCUAUGAGACACUCAAAAAGAUUCAUGCAGAACGCAGCGGUCGACUUCAGCCCUACUCCUAUGAGCGGCUGGCGUUCGGCGCGUGUGCGGGCCUCAUUGGCCAGUCAGCCUCCUACCCGCUGGACGUGGUGCGGCGGCGCAUGCAGACCGCGGGCGUGACGGGGCACACGUACGGAACCAUCCAGGGCACCAUGAGGGAAAUCGUAGCGGAGGAGGGCGUGGUGCGGGGCCUUUAUAAAGGCCUCAGUAUGAACUGGGUCAAAGGGCCCAUCGCCGUGGGGAUCAGCUUCACAACAUUUGAUCUGACUCAGAUCCUGCUGAAGAAGCUGUACCAGUUAAGGUAUAAUAACAGGUAACCACCAGGUUGAGAUGGACUGAUGGGAAAGACGUGAAAGUGUACAGGCCAUGCCGAGGAGAAAAGCCUGACUGUCUUGGGGACAUAAGAACCACAGCACUAAGGAUGUGAUGGCCAGGGUGAGAGAGAACCUCUGCUCUUUUAAGAGUCAAGGUAUGGAGGACUGGGGAUUUUGAUCCAGUAAUCCUGUUCAGCCCAUUGGGGAGACAUACCUGGACAGGUCAUGUCAGAAUACCAGUGCUGGUGUUUUAAAUUGUAGGCAUUUUGGGUACACAAUGUAGUACGCUUUAAAUGCCAGGAGGGUCUAUUUAUAUAAUAAAAUAAUUAUUUUAGGUACAGACAGAUUUGUUUGGCAACAGCUGGUAAUCAGCUAAAUGUAUACACUGUACCGAAAUAAACAGAUUGCUGUGGUCAACGCAGUUGGGCAUUUAGAUAUAUGGAUGUGUGUAGUAUGUUGAUAUUUUUGUGGCCUACUGUAUUCGAUUUGACUAUACAGUAUGUUCUACAUAGUAUGCAUCUCUAUCCUUGUUUGGUUCCCAUUUAACAUCUUGAAUCUUCACUAAACCUACCCCCAAAAAAAUCCUAACCGUAAUCCUUAUUCUAACCUGGACUGUUAUUUUUAGCCUAAACCUAACUUCAAUGCAAAAAGUAACUUUCUUCUGGGGACCAGCAAAAGGUCCCCAAAAGUUAACAUUUUCCUAGUUUUACUCUUUGUGUAUUUUUUUUAUUUAUUUAUUUUUGUCAAAAUGUGAACACACUAACACACACGAAUGCUUGUUCCUAAGUGAAAUGUGGUUUAUCACCAUUAUUUGCAGUGUUCUCAGUUUCCGUUACAUACACGGAGGGUAACUGUGUUAAGGGAUGCUGAGGUUGGGUGGAAGAUGAAUGUACAUUACCAUCCUGUGAAGGUGGUAUGCAAUAUGCUCAGUUUUUGAUGUGUGAGUACAGUAUAUGAUACUUAUUUACUCAAAAUGCUAAAUUCUCCAGUGAUGUAACGGACAGGUUCUCUCUGUGUUUGUGUUCUUGUUUAUCUACCAUUUCGGGACCAAAAUGUCCUGAUAUUACAUUAAAACAUUUUCAAGGGCUGACUUUUCAAAAUUGCUUUGGUUAGGUUUAGGCAUAAAGUUUAGGUCUAGAGUUAGAGGAUCAGCAGAAUGUGUGUAUGAAUAGAAAAACAUGGGAAAAGCCUGAAUAACACCUGUGCUGUCGUGCAUGCUAGAGUUUUGCUGUAUAAAUGAGGGAGAGUUAAGGUUAAACCAGGAUUUUCUUUCAUUGUUAUUAUUUCCUUAACAAAUAUAAACAUUUUCCCAUGCACACCUACUGGACCCAGUUACCCAUUGACAUCAGUUAGAUUAGACUUUUAUCAAGCUACAGUGUGCCCCCAGAUUUGUUUGAUGGUUUAAGAUUUGUUUGACUUAAUUAAUGGAUUGAUUGUUUUAAUGACUUAUUCCUAAGGAUAUACAAAAGGGACAUUAUACUUGUUGAUUUCUACUUAGAGAAGAUAUAUUAUCAACAAAAUGUGGCCGGUUCUCAUUGAAAAGGAGCACAGCUGGUCAUCAUACACAGCUGUAGCGGUUUUAGAUGCUUGUUUGUAACUCACUCUCCUGGAACCAUGCACACCUCUAGAAAAUGAGUUUGACUAACAGGGACAUGCAGUAUGAAGUUUCUCCGUGUUGAUUCAUUUUGUUUUUGUCUGUGUGAGUGUAAUAAACCCCCCCCCCCCCCCCGCAGGCCUAAAAUAGGCUUCUGGUAUAUAUUUGGAAAGUGACCCAUGCUUCUGUUUUCCUGGCUGGCUGCUGUCAGACACAUGCCAGUGGCUGCAGAGGGGGUUUGUAUGUGGAGCUAGUUGGAGGGAUAUAGGAGUGGGAAGAUGCACUGUAAGGGUGGAGCUUACACCUUCAGUACUGUCCUCCGAGGAACCCCAGGGCUCGCGGAUCCGGUUUCUGCAGAACCAUGCUGUCUUUUAUGGUCAGAAAUAUGAUUGUGUUUGUAUGUAUUAUUUAUCCGGAUUGACAUCUGGUGAGUCACUCCAGCACUAUUAAAGAAAGCACUUCGGACAUUAUCCAGUUCAGUGUGAUCAAGCACAAGCUUUCUUCAUAGAUGUUCAUCGAUAGAGAGUGAAAGUGCAGUGGAUGUCCAGGACCAGGAUUGGGUCCUACUCCAUAGGGAUGCUUUAGGAGUCAUUAUAAACCGCCUGAAUGCUGAUUGACCGAAUACCACUGAUAUUACAUUGCCUUUUACUGCUCCAAUUGCGUUGUUGACUGUGUACAACUUUUACCUUUGGGUGUAUAGUUUUGUGAUGCCUGUAUUCUAUCUCUGGACAGUUGUCAUUGUUGUCCUGUACAAACGUCACAAUUUCUGCCUGCUUGCUCUGGGUUGAAGUUCUCCCUUGGGCACAGAUUUAGGGUAGGCUAAAAACUGUGUCCAAACUCUACAAUUGUAUAGUGAUACCUUAGAGCCGACCCAGCUUGGCUCCGGGGUUUUGUGGUGUGUUCUCUGCUGUGUUAUAGCGAGUGUGCUCUGUUCCUGAUAUGUUGUGUGACUAAGUUCAGUUGCUCUUGCUACUGAUUCUUUUAAGUGCCUGGAGAGAAAUAGUAACUAUUUUACUAUGAAUGAUACUCUACUUCACGAACGUCUUGUGGCUUGUUUCCAUUUUAUUGCCUGGCUCUCUGUGUUUUUAAUAUAUCUUAUGCCAAUAACACCGGAGUAAAACUAAUGCUAGGUUUGGAGUUCAGGGUAUAAACGUCUUGAGUAUGAAUGUACAGUUUUGGCUUUGUUCCAAUACAAUAGGGGUAUUCAGGGUCCAUCUCUAUUGUGACUUGCUGACUCCUUAUUGCAGCUAUAUAUUGGAGUGUGCUCCAAUAUAUAGGUUGGAGAUCAGUUUGGACCUAAAAGGCUGCACUAAUGUAUUCUGUCCGGAUGGGUCACCUCCAAAAACUUUCCUUUGAGGAAAUGACCGAUGAACAAGAAACUUCUUCAGACAAUCAGGCAAUGCCAAAGCGUCAUUUGUUUAUGCAAAUGUACAAGUUGUUCUGUGAUGAGUUUUACGUGGCCUUUAUGAAGCCUGAAUACCAAUCUAAUUCCCAGCUCAAGUGAUGUUUCAGAAAGUGUGAUAUUCUUUUUUUUUUUCUCUCAAUGUACCCAUUGAAAAACUGAAAUGUUUUCAACACCAAUGUUUUCAAAAUGAUACCGACCAGGAGACAGUGUUUGUGCAUGUGACUUGAGUCAUAACCAUUAGCUGCGGUUUUUGCAUUGAUUAAUAUGACUGUUUGGUAAAUUAUGAUUUGUGCCAAUGUAAUGUGAAUGAAACUAACACGUAUGAUCCGUGUGCAUUCAGUCUUUUUUGAUGGUGUUCUUGACAAAUCUCUGAAGUUCUCGUAAAUAAAGCUGUAUAUUGACAUUCAGUA